GCCAUGCUGAUGAGGAAAUCACCCCUAGCCAGAGGCAACUGGGUCUGGUGGAUGGCUGGGCCUGGAGGUGAGUGAACUUCAUUCCUCUGUCUGCAGAGAGCAAGGAGACCCCAAUCCAAGAGCUUUGCCUCCCAUCUCCAGGUUCUAUAGGCCCGUGCCCCGCCCAAAGGCAGAGAGAGAGAGACCACAGCUAGAACAGGGCUGCUCCUCACAUACUUGGUGGCAGGAAAGAGGGAGGACGGCACUGUAAACAUCACUGACGCUUUCCUGCAUCUCACAAAACCAAUAACUCACUCAGGGUAUGUAGAGGAGAAGAGGCCUGCCCGUGCUGCACGUGUGGGCCCGCCGCACAUGGGCCCAUGUGAAAAGAGCAUCAAUGGACCCAGCAUAGCAGAGGCUUAGAUCCACUCAGGGGGGUGACAUCUGAAGCUACACUAGUGGAAGACACUGUGUGGAGACAGAGAAGGCUGAAAUGUUUUCCCUGGAUGGGUGAGGUGAACCAGGAAUCCCAGGAACCUCCAGCCUUCCCCUCAUGUCGGUGACCAGAGCCACGGAGACAACACCACCCUAUCACCUACAGCAGCCUGAGGAGUCACCUUAACCUUCAAGGGACUUCAACUCAGGGAGUGUUUCCAGACAGCUAGAGGGUACAACGGUCUCCUAAGGCCUCCUGUCCCACCAGCCGGCCAUGAUGACCUGCCCUUCAGUGCCUGCUAUCCCUACCCUCUGGCUGUUCAGCAUCCUGCUCCUGGUGGUCUCCCUGAAUGCUCAGAAUAAAAGCUGGGACAACCCUAUCUGCACGGAGGGCAUCCUGUCUGUGCCUCGAGGCAAUCCUGCAGUGAUGACCUGUAACAUCUCUAACACCUUCACCGAUGUCACCAUCCAGCUGUCUGCCAAUGGAAAGGACAAGACCAUCUUCGAUAAAAAGCCCCAAGGAAACUUCUCUUGGCGUGGGUGGGAGCUCCAAGUUCAAGGGGGGCUGGCACAGCUUGUGAUCAAAGACACCCAGGACGACCACACAGGGAUAUACUUGUGGCAGCUGCAUGGACGCCAGAGAUGCUACAAAAACAUCACCCUGAAUAUCUUAGAGCCUUCCAACGAGGACAAGGUCCCAGACACUACGCUCUUUACAUCCUUCCCAGAUCACGCGAAGAGCUCUCCAAUAGAGGGCAAGCCUGGGACCCUUGUGGGAGUCAUCACUGUCAUCUUCAUCUUGGGAGUCGCCGGAUUCAUUACGUUUAUCUACUACAGGCACCGUCGUUCCUAGAAGCCCCAGAUGGAAUGUACCUCAGUGCCUGACUUGAGGUAAGGUGGUUCCAGGUCUGUGGCCAGUGGAAGCUGAAGGGAGCUGCCUGCAGGGUUGAGUCCAGAGUGAGACCACCAGCAUGGGCUUAUGUUCUAAGCCCUAGGAGACCUCUGGGACUGCAGACACCAUGGAAGUCAUCAUUACGCGCUUGGCAGAGCACAUGGCUUUGUUCAGUCUGCUGGGCACAAAGUCCUUUCCCUGAGGGCAAUGGAACCCUUGGCUCUGUACAGAUCAGGGGACAGUGAUUCACUGAAGAAGGACCUUGGAAGCUGGAAAACAAUUUAGGCAUCUUUUGGUCACAUGAACAAGAGUACAGCCUCCUGACUAUGGUCUUCAGACAUCUGAUCCAUUCCUCAACUCUUCCCCAAAUUGGGAAUUCCCAGCCGCACAGCUCUUGACGAUCGGCAUAGGCUUCAUUAUUUCUGCUAAACCUCUGAGGUUAGGGUCUCACUACCACCCAAAGAGCUCCAGUGUAAGCCUGAUGCUGCACCAAGAUUUGCUUCAGGUACAACUUGGGGGCGUACCUGAUUUCUGACUCACAACAGAAACGAGUUCGGGAAGCCCAGAUGUCAGGUUCCAGGGGCCAAAAUAGGGAGCUAAGACUUUCAGAUGAAUCAUCUCCCCACUCCCACCCCUGCAAGGCAGAGUGCUGUCAGGAACAGGGGUCUGUGGAAGGAUGUAGUGUUGGUUGGCAGGCAUUGCUCUCCUGAGGAUCAUAGAGCAUCUUGGGAUUCCCUGGGGGCUUCUCUUCAGCAGACUCCUGAGCCCCAACUCCCUGAUUCAACAGCCACUACCCACUGUUCUUUUCUAAACUUUUGUCCUAGUUACAAUGUUAUUUUUUCUUACAAUUAAAAAAUGAUUUUUGUAGAAACUUCAUACUUUA